AUGAACAAGAUGGUAACAAAUAGAGGUGUCUUGCCAAAGGAUCGCUUCAUUCGGCUAUCCUUUCUCGUCGUUCGGAUGCAAGUGGAAAAAUCACAACCACGGACUCCUAAAUCAGCCCAAUUGCCCAAGGUACAACUAGAAUCAAAGCCGUUGUUAGAGUCGGAGAUAGUGCCAAAAUCGAAUCUAAAUGUGGUUCGGGUAAAUGGUUGUCCUAUAUUCGAUGUUGCUCGUUAUGUUCUUAAUGGAUUAAGGUUGAUCCGGUCUUUGUUGCCUUAG